AUGUCUGGAGGUGUUAAGAGAAAACUGGACAAUCAGUCAAUAGAGAAAAAGUAUGAAAUCAUACUGCAGCUAGAAAAAGGAACAAAACCGGCAGACCUUAGUUGUCAGCAUGGCAUUCCAGCAAACACCAUUUCAGGAUGGAAAAAGAAGGCCGACAUGAUAAAGCAAAUGUACGAGAAGUCUGUCUUUGAUCCAGCAAGAAAAAAACUUAGAGUGGCUGAGCACAAAGAUGUCGACGAUGCACUGUUUCAAUGGUUCACAAAUACGCGAGCAACAAACCUUCCCGUCAAUGGUCCCUUGCUGAUGGAGAAGGCGGACAUCAUUGCUGCAAAGCUAGGACACCCUGACUUUAAAGCAAGUCAGGGGUGGCUGGAUCAUUUCAAAAAGAGGCACAACAUUGUCUUCAAAGCAAUUUGUGGAGAGAGCGCUGCGGUUCAACAGGAACAAGUGGAUUCAUGGCUGAAGACUCAAAUGCGCACAAUUUUGGAUACCUAUGAGACUCGGAACAUUUUUAAUGCUGAUGAAACUGGGCUUACAGUGCUAGUUCCUGCUAACAUGGAUGGAAGCCAAAAACUCCCGCUCUACGUUAUAGGAAAGUCCAAGAAUCCCAGAUGCUUUAAGCAGACCAAAGUUCUCCAAUGUGAUUACGAUGGCCAGCCAAGCGCCUGGAUCACAGGAGAUCUAUUCAGUGCAUGGGUGAAAAAAGUGGGACAGGAAGUUCCAAGCAGAGAAAAGGAAGGUGGCACUGAUCGUGGACAACUGUAG